UAGUUUAUUUUUUCAUCCGUAGCAACUUCAAGGAAGUGUAGAUUAGUAUACGAUGGUAUACGAAGAUGUUUAUGUAGAAUAAGUGGUAUAUUGUUUGCGAAAAAUAAGUAAUUUGUCUUAAGAAAUACAUUAAAUGCUUUGGAUAUGUCGCAUUUGAGUAAAAAAGAAUGGGUUGUGUCAAUAGUCGGACAGAUAUUAAUGAUUUACAUCCAAAUAUUUUUCAAGUGAUGAACGUAGAUGAUUCAGGUAAUUUAAUUACACCUGGACGUUUAGAAGUUACAGAAAGUGACAUAGUACUUUAUCAACGUGGUAAACAGCCUAUUAAGUGGCCAUUGCGGUGUUUGCGUCGAUAUGGCUAUGAUGCAGAAAUCUUCAGUUUUGAAUCAGGUAGAAGAUGUUCUACUGGACCAGGCAUUUAUGCUUUUAAAUGCCGUAGAGCUGCACAUUUAUUUAAUCUUGUGCAAACAAAUAUUCAGGUUUGUAACAAUAGCGGAGAUGAUACAAUAUCCAGAGAACUUCCAGUUGCUUCUCAUCCUGGUCAAACAGUAACACGAGUGACAGUACCGGUUGAGCCUAAUUAUUUGGAUCCAAUACUAAGUAGGACUAAUAAUCGUACGGGUUCCAGAUUUGCUCAUAACCAACAAAAUGGAGUUGGAAGAUUAGAUAGCAUAGGAAGUAGCACUGGUCUUAUAUCGCCGCAAGGAAAUAUAAGUUCCCCUUCAUCACCACCUGUGCUACCACCACCACCUCCACCACUCCCUCAACCACAUCCGUCCUCGCUUUAUGUUAACGAAGAAGUAUUGUCUUCUUUACCAUUAGAAAUGGAGCAUAAUAAUAAUAAAAGCCUUAGAAGAGCAAUACAAAGAUCUUGUACAGUCAGUAAUUCUAUAUCUAGUAGCGGUUCAGUAUCGUUGGAACAAUCAUCUAUCCAUAAAAGUUCAGAAGUCACUUCACAGACAAAAUCACCCCUUUCGGUAGCACCUUAUAUGAAUGUAGAUAUUAAUAGUGAUAUUAGUUCACUUUCUCCAACUCAUAGCAUUUCUGAAGCAACGCAAUUUAAGAAAGACAAAAAUGUAAACAAUGAAUGUGGACACGCCUAUAUGAAUAUAAGUCCUGGUCAAGAAAAAAGCGAAUCUUUGAGUGGUAGACAACGACCUUCACCAUUGCCAUGCAUUCAAUCGGAAAUAGAAGAAGGAGUAAGACAUUGUUACGCUAAUCUAGAACCAAGUGAAAUCGAAAGCUUAAGGAAAAGAUUUUCCGGGGUAUCUGUAGCAGAAAAAUCGCCUUUGCCUCCAUCAACGCCUACAGGUGGUCCAAUUAGGGAAGUAAAUUAUGCUGUAUUAGAUUUGGAUACAAAGGAUGUACCAACUACUUCACCGUUAGAUGGUUCUUCAACUUUUACUGCAUCCCCUCCAGAAUCUCCAAAUAAGUUACAAAAGGGAUAUGCAACGAUAGAUUUUAAUAAAACAGCUGCUCUUUCUCAUUCGGUUAAUCCGAACCUUGUGAACGAUAACGAAGGUUCAAGAAAAACGCGUCACAAUUCUACAAUUAGUGAUUUAGCAGCUUCUGGUAGACGUAGUUCAUCUGUAAGUGAAUGAUCAAUUGUUUAUUUCAUGACUGUGCCUACGUAAGAAAUAUUAAUAGCAUUUUAUAGGAAGUAACAAGGUUUUACUUGUAUAUUACAAUUUAAACUUAAAUUUAAUAAUAUAAAACCAAAGAACAGACAUUUAAUUUAUAUAUUUUUUUUGUAAUAUUGAUCAAGCCUGAUAAAAUGUCAGUGUUAUAUAAAAAUGUAAUGUUAACCCUUAAUUACCAUGGCUUAGAAAUAUAAACAUAUAAAAUACAAGAUGUAUUUUACAUUGGUUUUUAACUUGUAAGUAGCAUUUUUUUACCAUUUUUAAUUUUAUCAUUUUUUACGUAUUCGUUAAAAUAUUUUUUAUAUUAAAAGAUAAUAAACAGUUAUUUGAAUAACGUAUACAUUUACACCUGAUCCUACCAUGGUAUUUAAGGGUUAAAUAACUCUUUAUUUUUCAUGAAUUUUCUUACGUUUUAUCGUUAAUAUAAUAGCUCUUAGUUUAAUAUUUUAUAAAAUUUUAUGAUGUAGUUACUACAUCACAGUAUUUUUAAAAAGUAAGUCUUUUUUCAAAGUGCAGUUAGAAUGCACAAAAGAAACAUCUUUUUUAUACGAUAUACAAAUAUGUUUAUAGAAAAUGAUAGGUAAAAUGACUUUUUACAUUAAAUAUUAAGGAGGAAUUGGAAGCUAAAGUGCCCUAGUUUUUCCUCUAUCGUAGGAAUUGAUGAGGCUCAAAUAGUCUAACUGAAGUAAGAGCAUAAAGGAAUAUGAUGUUGUAACAUAAAAAAAGAUGGUGAUGAUAUACAUACAUACUACAUAUACAGUUAAAUGACUAUUUUUAAAGUAGUUAUUUCAAAUACAAUUAUGGCUAUAAAAUCGUAAAUUUGGAGUGAUUUUAAAUAAAUGGUAAAUAUAAAUAUAGAAUAUGUAUUUAGAUAUGUAUAUACAUGCAUAUAUAUGGACGUAUAAUUUUAUGCUUUUUAAUAAAAAAUUUGCUAUUUUAAUGGAAUAUCGUUGCAUCGUGUCUUUAGCUCGAAUAUAUGUUAUAAUUAUUUACUUUAUAUUUACAUUAAACAAUACAUAUACUUUAGACUUGACCAAAAUAUGUCUUAUGUACAAUUUAAAAAGAGACUUUAAAUUAUAGCAACAAGAUAUAUUUACAAUAUGUGUUAUGUAAUAAAUUAUACAUAUAUCUCUGUUUGGAUAGAUAUAAUCUUUAGAAUUACUUCUUGUUAAGAAGAACGAUGUGCAAAACUACUUUUUAUUUGCACAAAUAAUUUUAUUAAAUCAAAGUAGUAAAUGUUUAUUUAAAACUAUUUUGCACGUAUUUUUAAAGUAUCGGUACUAUUUUACUAAAAACAAUCGAUUCAACGAAUAAUAUUGCAUCGAUGAUUUUAUUUUUAAAUACUAUAUCAAUUGAGGCAAUCUUUUCUUCCAAUAGCUCCUAAAAUGUUUAUA